AUGGUGGUCGGAAGACUGACGCACUACGCGUUUGACGCUGUUCUCUUCUCGGCGUUCCUGGCUGGCAUGAAGCGCUCGACAGGCUUGACGCUCAAGACGGAUCGCAUCGCUGGCGAGAACAAGGACUUGAACGGCUGGCUCGGAAAAUACCUCGGUGUAGGCGAGUGGCUCCUGGACCAGUCCGUCGCCGUGGCAGGGUCGAGCGGGUGGUUUGAGAGGACUCGCUAG